AUGAACUUUGGUGUUUCUGGACAAUUGGAGAUGUACUCAGGCCAGCAAUCUGAUCAAGGUCCUAGUGCAAAUGGUGGCAGAGAAUUCUCCGAGGCAAAUUGGAAUUCUUUCACAAUGCAUCAAAAGAUGGCUUAUAGUGGACAGUAUGGGUUUGGAUCUUACGGCAUGGGCUUAGAAGAUAGACCGGGGUUGUAUCAAUCUUCAUCUGGUACAUUGAGUCAGGACAUCCAAAUGAGUGAUGAGCAUAGCGGAGGUGAGAAGAAGAGGAAAGGAAUGGAGGACCGUGUCACGUUGUUGCAUGUGAUCAACAAACAGAAGGUUCAUCUCAGCCAGAAAGGAAUUCAAUGGAAGAGGGGGAACAGAAAGAUUUCGCCCAAAAUGCAAAGCAAGGAAGAUUCUUCUGAUGGUGAUGGUACUAAAGAGGACUAUGUUCAUGUCCGGGCAAAGCGAGGCCAAGCCACUAACAGCCACAACCUUGCAGAAAGACUGAGGAGAAAGAAGAUAAGUGAGAGAAUGAAGCUUCUUCAAGAUCUUGUUCCUGGAUGCAAUAAGAUCACUGGCAAGGCAGUCAUGCUCGAUGAGAUUAUCAACUAUGUGCAGUCAUUGCAACAACAAGUCGAGUUCUUGUCAAUGAAACUUGCAACUGUUAACCCCGAGCUUGGCUUUGACAUUGAGCAGAUCAUAUCCAAACAAAUGAUGCUUUCACAAGACAGACAUCUUGCUUUCUAUGGAGUCGAUCCAGGAUCAAGCAGCCUUACUGCUCCAUUCAACCAAGGAAUCAUGCAGCCAGAAAUGAUGUGCAACAUUUCCAAUCCUGUCGAUGUUUUGCACGGAACUAUUCACGACGUGUCAACAAUGAACCAGAUACCUUCUAUGUGGGAAGGACUUCAGAAUAUGCCUCACAUGAACUUCAACCCUGGUGUGGCAGCCGAUAGCGGCACCAACAACUCUGGCUCCAUGAAGAUCGAACAGUGA